AGAACGUUCGAGGCCCGUUGCUGCAGCAGAAGUAGACGUUGCGGCACGCAGCUCGCCCCGUAGAAGCCCCUUCAGCACGAGUCGUCGACUGAGAGCGCUUUUCCAAUUCGCCGCAAUCUAUCGAUCUCUCGAGCUCAGAAACGAGUGCAGGAAUCUGAGGCUAUGGCGUCCAUUGUAGCAGUUGCCGGACCUUCCGUGGUGGCUGGACUCGGCUCCAGCAGCCUCUCCGGCCAGAAGCUCAGAGUCUCCACCCGCUCCUUCUCGGUCCGCGCUGCCCCCAGCGUUGGAGUCGCCUCAGCCAAGUACGAUGCUGGCAACAGCAAGUACUUCGACCUUGAAGAUCUGGGCAACACCACCGGAGCCUGGGACCUGUACGGUUCAGACCAGCUCUCUCCCUACAAUGGCAUGCAGAGCAAGUUUUUCGAGACCUUCGCCUACCCCCUGACCAAGAGAGGUAUAUUAUUGAAGCUCGGUCUCCUCGGAGGAGCUUUGGCUCUGGGAUUCGCCAGCUCAUCUGCCACCGGUGACAUCCUUGCCAUCAAGAAGGGACCCCAGGGGCCACCCCAAAUGGGCCCACGAAACAGGAUCUAAGUAGAUAAUUCAAAUGUGCAUAGAACGUUUUCCGGUGUACUGUAAUUGUUAUCUUGUAACAUGAUUCGACGAAGUAACAACUAAAUAUCGCAGCUUUGACCAUGUGGAGAUGCUCUGGCACAUGCAGAGCCUCAGCUUUGUAUGUAAAGGAACUGUAAAGAAAUGUAAUGUCCCACCUUACCAAC